AUGCUAUCCCUCAGAGAAGGCUUUGAUAGGUAUCCAAAACCAAAGGAUAUAACCUACAGUUAUGGAACAGCAGGUUUCAGAUAUAUUGGUGAUCUUCUUGACUCAGUUGCAUUCAGAAUUGGUAUUAUUGCCUCACUAAGGUCAAUUUCGCUAGGGGGAAAGACUAUUGGAAUUGUAAUUACCGCAUCUCACAACCCCCCAGAACAAAAUGGUGUCAAAGUGAUUGAUCCAAUGGGUGAAAUGCUUCCCCAGGAAUGGGAACCAUUUGCAAACGAAUUUGCUAACUGUGAGACAUUUGAGGAGUUUCAGAAGCAUAUCAAGCAGAAGAUGCAACAUGUACCAGAUCGAAGUGUGAGGCCACGUGUCAUAUUGGCAAGAGAUACAAGGGCUUCCGGUCCGCAUCUUUUGAAAGCAGCUCUGGACGGUAUUGCCGUGAUUAAUGGCACAGCCACAGACUUUGGCAUGCUCACUACACCGCAGCUUCAUUACCUAACGAGAUGCUUUAACGAUCCAAAGUUUGGCAGAAAUACUGAAAAUGGAUAUUACGAAAAGUUGCUUUCUACGACUCGAAGAAUUCUUUCAUUAUACGAUUAUACUUUCCUCCCAUCUGUUACAGUUGACACGGCAAACGGAAUUGGCGGCGAUAAGCUUAGCAGAAUCGAUUCCUUAAGUGAUGUGUUGAAUUUCGGUGUGAUCAAUGGCAAAACUGACCACCCAGAACUCCUUAAUGUGGAUUGCGGGGCAGAUUACGUGAAAACACAGCAGAAAUUGCCGGCAGAAUUGCAGAAAAGCUCCCCGAAGCCCGACCAGUUGUACGCGUCGUUUGAUGGGGACGCAGACAGGGUUGUAUGCUAUUUUGUAGAUGGCAAAACGAACAAAUUCAGGUUGUUGGACGGUGAUCGUAUUGCUACACUAUUUGCAACAUUUAUUGGGUCGCUUCUCAAGCAGUUGAGUGGUGUUGAUAUCACGAUGGGGAUUGUGCAGACAGCAUAUGCAAACGGAUCUUCCACAAAGUUCAUACAGGAAAAACUCAAGCUUCCUGUGUAUUUUACGCCAACUGGUGUGAAGCAUCUUCAUCACAAAGCUCAGCAGUUUGACGUGGGAAUAUACUUUGAGGCCAACGGACAUGGAACAGUGCUUUUUUCAAGGAAGUACACCUCUGAAUUGAGCAUAUUUUUGGCAAAGACAACCGAUACAAAGGAAAAGACUGCUGCACAAACUCUUUUGCUUUUGGCAGACCUUAUUAACCAGACUGUUGGAGAUUCGAUCUCAGAUCUCGUUACUGUAAUGGUUGCAUUAAAGAUUAUGGGAAGGAGCGUGAACUCAUGGGGUGCUGAUUACAGCGAGUUGCCUAAUCGGUUGUUCAAGUUGAAGGUGAAGGACAGAUCAGCUUUUAAAACUACAGAUGCUGAAAGAAAGCUUGUUUCUCCUUCUGGCCUACAGGCCAAACUAGACGAGGAAAUCUCGAAAUACAAGCAGGGCCGGUCAUUUGUUCGGGCGAGCGGAACUGAGGAUGCUGUCAGAGUAUAUGCGGAGGCCGAAACUCAAGAAGAAUGUGAUAAUUUGGGUUCUGGUGUUUGUGAGUUAGUGAAAGCGUUCUCAUGA